AUGUCUAACAUGUCGAUGGCGUCAUAUGAGAAUGACGGUACUAUGUCUGCUUCAACCACAGAUAACGGUGCGCUCCUCAAUGUGACAUCUUCAAACACAGAAUUAAAUGGAACUGAUAGAGCGAUUUUACUUAUCUUCAAAGACACAUACACUGCCUAUUUGGUUUUGAAUGUGAUUGCCACGGCAAUAGGUCUGAUCGGGAACUGCAUGGUUUUAGUUUUAAUGAGAGAUGUCAAAUUGUCCCUGUUAUCUUAUCCAGUAUAUUUGAGAUUUCUGGCAGUGUCAGACAGUACAGUUCUAGUUACAUCCUGCAUACAUGAGUCUUUAAGAUUCUUCAUAUCAUUUUAUCUUCUGUUCUCAUCCUUGACUUUCUGUAAUGUUUGGAGAGCUACAAGGUUCACAGUUGGUCUGUUAUCACCGUGGUUGCUCGCUGGACUGACACUGGAUCGAUUCUUCUGUGUUGUUUUCCCGCUGAAACGCGAUCAGUUCUGCACUCCAAGAAAGGCCACGGUCGUCUGCUCGUGUCUCACGUCUUUAUCAAUAGCGCUGACGCUUCCUCUUUUGUUUGACAUGAAGGUUGUAAAAGGACCACAGGAUGUAAUCUGCUUUCCAGGUGAUAAGGUCGUGGGUUACUAUGUUUUUCUACGUCUACUUUUCAACUCUCUCCUCCCCUGUCUGUUGAUUCUUGUCUUCACCAUUGUGAUUAUAAUCCACAUCCAGUACAGCACCAUUUUCAGAAAGAGAUUCACCUUCACACGCUCUGGCUCUACAGACCGCACCCAGGACAAGUCACUUCGUCCACUCAUGCUGAUCUCCAUACUGGCUUUCGUGACACUCCUUCCAUCAACUAUCUCAGAGAGCGUCAUUUUGAUACUGAUGACAUUUAAGUUAAAUGUCAAAACAUUGAUCUUCUUCUCCGAUUUGUGGCCUGCAUUUUACAUUUUGUACCUGAUCAACUUCGGACAGAAUUUCUACAUCCUGAUGUCGAGUUCAAAUUAUAGGCAGAUUAUGAAGAGGACGUUGAACUGCUCGAACGUCCCAAAACUAAAUGAAAAUAUUCCAGUGGCAACAAUUACAGUCAACGUGUCAGACAUCAGUAAAGGUAUCACACAAUCUGGUACAACAUUAUCUUAA